AUGACAACUUCCAAGCCAGCCGUAGUCUCUACGGGUACUCCCGGAGCUCCUGUGACAACAGCCAAAGGAUCUACCGGAGCCCCAGGAGUCAGCACAACUCAAGCACCUGUUAUGACGACGACCGGCGCUCCUGCCGUUUCUACCAUGACCCCUCCUCCUGCAGUUUCCACGACUCAAGGAGCGCCAACAACGACUGCUUUCGGCAACGCCAAUCUCAACUUUGACGUCGUCUUCUUGUUCGACGGUAGCCAAGCCGCUCAACCUGUUUUCAACAAUGUAAGCUAUUUUAUCAAACUUUGAAUCUUCGAUAAUGAAAAUAUUUCCUUUGAGAACAUCAUCUUAAAUUCCUGUCAAAAAGCGAGUUUUUAGAGAAAAUUAUUGGGAAAAAAAAAUCGGAGCUUAGCGGUCAGUAGGAUGAUAGUUUUGCAUGUUCAUGCAUUGCUACAUGAAUGAAUGGAUGGCUUGGCGAAAAACGUGAAAAAUUUCGAUCAGGGAGGAAAUCUUAAUUGACUGAUUUCCAAAGAAGAACUCCUUUCAUAUGCAAAAGCUCACUUAUCACAAAAAUUUAUAAUUUCAGUUUACCAAAUUUGUAAGCACCUUGAUGGUGUCGUACACCGUCGGACCAGCUGCUCACGUUGGAAUCGGUGUUGUGGCUCCGGAUGCAGAUGACCAGGCACCUAUGGUCGCCCAAUUGAACUCUAUACAAUCGCAGUCCAUUCUCAAUGGUUAUCUCAACACUCUGGGAGAAUACUGGGGAGAUUUCGAUCAUGCUGGACAACUUCUGGACUUGUGAGUGUCUUUUUUAAAACUAUAGAGGAAAGUGAACUUUUAGGAACCUCAAAACCGUUUCUUCGCCUGACUACAUGAAUCCGAGCGCUGGAUAUCGCCCUGCGAUCAACAACCAUUUGAUCAUCUACAUCACUGCAACCACCGCAUUCGACGUCGAUCCCACCGCUACCGCCAAGAGUAUAAUCGCCAAAAAUCAGUACGGAAUCAUCACUGUCGGCUUCGGCGCCGCUGUCGACAACACCAAGCUGAUUGUGAGUAUAAAUGAAGAUUUCUUUUCUCAAAAAUCAUCUCCAGGCGGUUUCUGGAGGUGCUGCCUGCUCUUUCACAGCCACCGACUUCGCAUCGCUUAAUAACCAGAUCAGACCCAUCCAGCAGAAGAUCUGGGACGCGAAGUGAGUUUCUUGAAUAAAGAAAAAUGAAUGAGAAUUUUCAGCUUCAACAACGGCGUCUACUGCAGCUCAUGA